AUGAGUGCAACUGAAGAACCAACUGUUGUUGAAAGAAACCCAAGCAGUAAUUUUGAUAAACCAAAAAAAGAUAAGAAAAAGUCUCAUAAAAAAAGUAAGAAAGUGAAUCAAAAGAAAACAAAACUCAUAGUUGGUGCAUCAGAGUAUAUUCCUGAAGAACAAAGUCAUAAAGAACAAGAUCUAAAAUCAAAACAAACUUCAACUCGAACUAAUCAAAGAAGACCAAGAGUCCAACAAGGUCAAAUGAACCAAAUUCAAUUUGCUGAAAUUAAUAUUUCAUAUCAAAUUGCUUGUUUAUUUGAAGAAAAUUCUCUUUCAUCAGGAUCAUUCAUUAGAAAGUUUAUGGAUGAUAAAGGAUUCAUUUCAACAGAAAUUCUUGCUAAAUUAUUAGCAUGUUCACCAGAAAAUAUUCAAAAUGCUGUUGAAUUCACUCAAAAAGCUAAUUCAAAAAUUAUUUUUAAUGCAUCAACUAAAUCUGUUGGGUUGAAUGAAAAAUGUGCUAAUUAUUCUCUUCCUAGUUCAGAACGAGUUAGCAAAAUUGAACCAUCUGAACUUUUGAAAUACCAAAGAAAAGCUCAAGAAUGGAUUAUGAAAGGAUCAAAUUCGUUAGUUCUUCCUCAUCCAAACUAA